AUGCCCGGAUUUCCUACACAACAACAAGCACAAGCUCGAAACACACCUCUCGCCUCGAGUCGACUACCAAACGGCAAAAUAGGAUCGAGUGCGAACUGGAAUUUUGGUCUUCCGAUGGGCGCAGCUCCAGGCUUGCAGAGUCAUCAACAGCGAAAUAUUGGAUCAAUGGGAACGUUCGCGCAGAGUCUCGGCGGAUCUCAACCCGCAACGCCUUUGGAUCUUUCGGAAUUUCCGUCAUUGUCAGGAGCACCGCAACAGAACCAGGCCCAGUCCUCUGCUCAAGCGGUCUGGGCAAAUGCAGGACAGCGUGCUACCCAACAAACACCCGUUCAGCGACAGCAACCUCCCUCACGGACCUCUCAGACCCAAACACAUUUCGCCCAGCAACAACCUUCCCAAGAUGAUGUAUUCCCUUCCGGCGCCCAAUUUGCGAACCGGUUAGAUGAUUUUCGGAAUGGUGGCCAAGGCAUUAGUGGCCAGCUAGGGGGCGGUGGGCAGCCGCAGACAGGCAACAUUGAUGAAUUCCCGCCGUUAGGGAGAAAUGCAGCAGAUAUCCCGCCAGGAGGAAUUCAAGCUCGACUGAACGAUAUUGGGCAGGAGCGGAGGGGGUCUGUAUUACAGAGUACGGGGUUUGGAAGCUACGGGCCUGGCUUGGCAUUUUCAAGUCAGACGCCAUCUACGCAAACCCGAAACAUCAUGUCUUCGACUAUGAAUGGGCAGGAAAAUAAUCGGGUGUUGUCACCGGGCUCGUCAGGCUCAGGGGCUAUAGGCAUGUCAACGUCGAGAUCUCCGCAAGGGCCGAAUGGCGUUUCCGGCCAGGACAAAGAAGACGCCGAUGCCGCUAUACAUCGAGGCCUUCAUUCCGGAACCUUUUCAGAACAUGAGAGCAGUCAGGGACAACAGUUGCAACAGCGUCAAGCACAGACUAGCGGUGUGUCCGGGGACAGCCAGGAGCUUUCAAGCUCAGGUCAAACCAGUGAUCAACCGCCUCUUUCUCAAAUGAGUGAGCUUGACAAGUUUGGACUGGCAGGGUUACUCAGGAUGAUUCACAGCGAAAGUCCAGAUGUGGCGAGUCUCGCGGUUGGACAGGACCUAAUGACAUUGGGAUUAGAUCUGAAUCAGCCAGAGCCGCUGCAUCAUUCCUUUGCGUCACCUUUCGUUGCUUCUAUGUCUGCCGUACCUCUCGAACAAGACUUUGCAAUCCCCGGUUGUUACAAUGUUGCAAAUGUACAGCCUCUACAGUCUCGUAUACCCAGCUUUAGCGACGAGACACUAUUCUAUAUCUUCUAUAGCAUGCCGCGCGACGUUUUACAAGAGCUCGUUGCCGAAGAAUUAAUGGGGCGCAAGUGGCGAUAUCACAAGGUCGAGCGCUGCUGGCUCACGCGAGAUGAAACCUAUCCUGGCCCCGUUGAUGUCGAACGUGGUGUGAGUGAACGUGGUGUCUAUCUGUGGUGGGACCCGACGUCCUGGAAGAAGAUUCGGCUUUGGCGGGCGGACCAACAACACAAAAGCCUCGAGAGUCUUGCAACCAUGAGGAUCGUGGAAAUCAUUAUUGACGGCUUCAAGUCGUACGCCGUGCGGACGGUCAUCUCAGGAUGGGACGAAUCGUUCAAUUCCAUCACCGGUUUAAACGGUAGUGGAAAGUCGAAUAUUCUCGAUGCCAUUUGCUUUGUUCUAGGCAUUACAAACAUGAGCACCGUGCGAGCGCAGAACCUCCAAGAUCUCAUUUACAAGCGCGGACAGGCUGGAGUCACCAAAGCUAGCGUUACAAUUGUGUUCGACAACCGCGACAAAGAUAAAUCACCUAUUGGCUUUGAGGAAUAUGGAAGUAUAUCAGUCACGCGACAAAUUGUUCUAGGUGGUACCAGUAAAUAUCUCAUCAACGGUCAUCGCGCACAACAGCAGACGGUCCAGAAUCUCUUCCAGAGUGUCCAGUUAAACAUCAACAACCCGAACUUCUUGAUUAUGCAAGGUCGUAUUACGAAGGUCUUGAACAUGAAAGCCGUUGAGAUUUUGUCUAUGAUUGAAGAAGCAGCUGGUACUCGAAUGUUUGAGGAUAGGAAAGAUAAAGCGGCAAAGACGAUGGCGAAGAAAGAGAUGAAAGUUCGCGAAAUUGAAGGACUUCUUAACGAAGAAAUUGAGCCUAAGCUCGAAAAGCUGCGCGGUGAAAAACGUGCUUUCCUCGACUUCCAGCAGACACAAAACGAUGUUGAGCGUCUGACACGGCUAGUGGUCGCACACGAUUAUGUGAAGAGCAAAGACCGACUCCAAGUCGCCGGAGAAGAAUAUGAAGCGAAGAAGCAAAAAAUACAGAGUCUUGAAGAUAAUGCGACCAGGCUAAAGAGUGAAAUCACUCAUCUCGAGGAAGAUGUCAAGCGUGUCAAAGCUGUUCGGGAGAAAGAAUUAAGGAAAGGCGGCAAGUUUCAAGCCUUGGAAAAUGAAGUCAAGGAAUACUCUCAUGAAUUGGUCCGAUUGGCCACGGUCUUUGAGCUUAAAAAUUCCAGCAUGGCAGAAGAGAAGGAGAAAAGAAAAGCCAGCAAAAAGAAUGUCGCCGAGCUUGAGAAGCUCCUCAAAGACAAGAGAAAGAUAUACGAAAAGCUCCAAGAGCAAUACGACACCGCGAAAGCUGAAUUUGACGCUCAAACAGCAGAAGUGGAAAAGAAAGAGGAACUACUUCAGACACUGCAGACCGGCAUUACAUCCAAGGAAGGCCAGGAGAAUGGUUACCAGGGACAAUUGCAAGACGCCCGUAAUCGCGCAAGUGCUGCUGCGACUGAGCAGGAGCAGGCUAAGCUCAAAAUUGCGCAUCUUGAAAAGAGGAUCAAGGAGGAAGAGCCCCGUGCCAAAAAGGCUAAGGAGCAAAACUCGGGUCUUCUCAAGGAAUUGGAAUCAUUGCGAGGACGAGCAAGUAAAUUAGAGGCCGAAAUGCUCAAGCAUGGCUUCGAACCUGGCAAAGAAGAAGAGAUCUACCAAGAGCAAUCAACUCUUCAACGUUCCAUCAGAGAACUCCGAGAAAGAGCAGACGGGAUGAACAGGAAAGUUGCUAAUAUUGACUUUUCUUAUUCCGAUCCGCAUCCAGGCUUUGACCGGUCCAAAGUCAAGGGUCUUGUUGCGCAAUUAUUCACUCUCGACAAAAACAAGACGGAGGCAGGAACAGCACUUGAGAUCUGUGCUGGUGGACGAUUAUAUAACGUGGUUGUUGAUUCUGCGGAAACCGGUUCUCAGUUGCUUCAAAAGGGCAAGCUUCGCAAACGUGUCACCAUUAUUCCAUUGAAUAAAAUCUCAGCUUUCAGGGCUUCAGCCGAGAAGAUUGGGGCUGCACAGAAUCUGGCACCUGGAAAAGUCGAUCUUGCUUUGUCGCUAAUUGGAUAUGAUGACGAGGUGUCUGCGGCGAUGAACUAUGUCUUUGGAUCAACACUUAUUUGUCAGGACGCGCAAGUUGCCAAAACAGUCACAUUCAACCCGAGCGUUAGGUUGAAGAGCGUAACCUUGGAAGGUGAUGUAUAUGAUCCUUCCGGAACAUUAUCUGGUGGCAGCUCGCCGAAUUCUAGCGGUGUGCUGGUAGUCCUUCAAAAGCUCCACGAGAUUACAAGGGAGUUGAGAAGCAAAGAACGCCAAUUGGCCAGUUUGCAAGAAACUAUGGCAAAAGAGAAGAGAAAGCUGGAUGCUGUCCGAGCAUUGAAACAAGAGCUGGAUUUGAAAAACCAUGAAAUCAAGCUGACAGAGGAUCAAAUCAAUAGCAAUAGCUCCUCAUCGAUUAUCCAUGCUGUUGAAGAAAUGAAGGAGACUAUUGAGCAACUGAAGAAUGAUAUUGCCGACGCAAAAGCUCGCCAUUCCGAGGCCCAGAAAGAGAUCAAGCGGAUAGAAAAGGACAUGAAGGAAUUUGACAACAAUAAGGAUGACAAACUCGCAGAACUUCAAACGUCUCUAGACGCACUGAAGAAGAGUCUUAGUAAGAAUUCUGUUGCCGUCAAGACGCUGCAAAAAGAACUCCAAGCCUCGCGUCUCGAAUCUGAGCAGGCUGGCAGCGACCUUUCUGCUGCUGAGGAACAGCUGGCCGAGGCUGAUGCUACCAUGGAAGCUCAAUUGGAGGAGAUAGAGUCUCUUAAGAAAGAACAGGCCAGAAUCAAGGAUUCCCACGACAUUGCUCAAGCGCAAUUAGAAGAGGAGCAGGCAAAAUUAACUAGCUUCGACGAUGAAUUAGGCGAUCUCGAGGAAGCCAUUCGUUCAAAGAAUGCACGCAUAACCGAGGAAGCCCUAGAGAUGCAGAAGUUGGGACAUCAGCUCGAGAAACUCCACAAAGAUCAGCAAGCGGCAGCUCAAAUGGUAGCGAAUAUGGAGGGUGAACACGAGUGGAUCGAGGAAGAGAAGGAUAGUUUCGGUCGUCCUAACACUCCUUAUGAUUUCCGCGGACAGAACAUUGCAGAGUGCAGAUCAACAUUGCGCAACUUGACCGAGCGUUUCCAGGGAAUGAAGAAAAAGAUUAAUCCGAAGGUCAUGAACAUGAUUGACAGCGUUGAGAAGAAAGAAGUCGCGCUUAAGAACAUGAUGAAGACCGUCAUUCGGGAUAAAAAGAAGAUCGAGGAAACCAUAAUCAACCUGAAUGAGUACAAGAAGGAGGCUCUGCACAAGACUUGGAGCAAAGUCAAUGGCGACUUUGGCCAAAUCUUUGCCGAACUUCUUCCUGGCAGUUUUGCCAAACUCGACCCUCCAGAGGGCAAAGAGAUUACGGAUGGAUUGGAGGUCAAAGUCUCCCUUGGUAAAGUCUGGAAACAAAGUCUCACUGAACUCAGUGGUGGUCAACGAUCACUCAUUGCUUUAUCGCUCAUUAUGGCCCUUCUUCAAUUCAAGCCAGCACCAAUGUAUAUCUUGGAUGAGGUCGAUGCCGCUCUCGAUCUGUCCCACACGCAGAACAUCGGACGCUUGAUCAAGACACGGUUCAAGGGAUCCCAGUUCAUUGUUGUUUCUCUUAAAGAUGGCAUGUUCCAGAAUGCCAACCGGAUUUUCAGGACACGUUUCAGCGAAGGUACAAGUGUGGUGCAAGCAUUGACACCGGCUGAUUUGAAGUGA